GGCAGUAGAUUCCCAGCUGUUGUGUAGAGCACUCAGUCCAGUAGCUAGAACACAGUGUCCCACUUGUUUCCACCAUGGAGUGUACAGUACCACCACCUGACAGACUCCGCAGACCCCUGGUUAUCCCAUACAAGUACAUGAUGAGUGCCGGCCCUACAAAUGCCUCUGCACGUGUUCUUCAUGCUCUUUCCAACCCUAUUAUUGGUCCACUACAUAAGGAAGCAUAUGAGGUGCUGGAUGAUAUAAAAGCUGGUUUGCAGUACGUCUUCCAGACAAAAAAUGAGAUGACUUUUGCAAUGUGUGGAUCAGGUACUCUAGGAACAGAGGCAUCUAUAGUGAAUCUGUAUGAACCAGGAGAUACAGUUCUUGUUGCCUGUAAUGGAAUAUGGAGUGAAAGAGCAGCAGAUAUUGCUGAAAGACUUGGAGCAAAUGUACAUACAAUAGAAACAACUCAUGGAAAGACAUUCACUUUAAAAGAGAUUGAAGAUGCGUUAGAAAAGUAUAAGCCACAGAUAUUUUUCAUAGUGCAAGCAGAGAGUACAACUGGAGUUUUUCAAGAUGUGCAGCAUAUUGGACCACUGUGUCAUAAAUACAAUUGUCUUCUGAUUGUGGAUGCAGUAGUAGGAGUAGGUGGAGUUCCAAUAUUUGUUGACAAAUGGGACAUCGAUGUUGCUUUUGCUGGCUCACAGAAGGCACUUGGAGGACCAACUGGUCUUGCACCAAUUACGUUUGGUCCUCGUGCAGUAAAGAAGAUGAUGAAUCGUAAGACCAAAGUCCACAGUUUCUAUAUGGAUGCUUUGGAGUUUGCUAAGAACUGGAAGAGCUUGGGACCUGAAGUUCCCAGAGGGUAUCACUAUACUUUGUCUAUGAAUCUUCUUUUUGCACUGCGUGAAGCUCUAGCUGAAAUUGUAGAAGAAGGGCUGGAAAACCGAUGGAAGAGGCAUCAUGAAACUGCUGAGAGAGUUCGUGCAGGUGUUCAUAAGCUUGGUCUUGAAUUGUUUCCACAUGAGGGAGAAACCCCUCUUAACUGUGUGACAACAGUACGUACAAAGCCAGGAAUUGAUUGGAGGAAACUAAGACAUUAUGCAAUGGAUGUUUACAAAAUGGAUCUGCCUGGAGGAUUUGGCAAAACAGCAAAACAGGUACACAGAAUUGGUCUUAUGGGAAGCAAUGCAAACCCAUAUACUGCUGAUUUCACUCUGGAAGUCCUCAAGGAUGCAAUAGAACAUUGUAAAAUAAGUGAAUGAUCCAAGCAACAGAAGCGUUCUUAGUCACAAGAACUUCGAAAGCCAGUUUCAAAUAAUAUCUGUGCAAAAGCGUGACUAUCCACAUAAAUUAUUUUUAAAACCACAAAAAAGUUCACUAAAUUUUUCUCCUGCUGAUUAUGCCAAAGAAUGUGUAAAAAAAGUCUGUUUGUUACCAAAGGAGAAACAUUAGCCAAAACACUGAAUUAUUUGGUUCCCUUCAUAAUGUCAUGGAUUAAUUUUCUGCUUUAUUCUUCACUUAUUUUGAUACGAUGUUAAAAUAGAUCAAAAAUGUAGCACUACAUUACCAAAAUGUAAAAAACAAAAGGAAAAAAUUAUUCAAAUAA